GGACCGUCGUCCUCGCUCAAGGUCGAAACCAUGGGCAUUGACAUCGUCGCCGGCGGCCGCCGCGUGGGCCACAAGGCCCGCACGGACACCAAGUCCGAGAACGUCUACCUCAAGCUCCUCGUGAAGCUCUACCGCUUCCUCGCGCGGCGGACGGACAGCGCGUUCGUGAAGACGGUGCUCAAGCGCCUCUUCAUGAGCCGCACGAACCGGCCGCCCCUGUCCCUCUCGGCCCUCGCGCGCUUCAUGCGCGAGAAGGACGACAAGAUCGCCGUGCUCGUCGGCACGAUCACGGACGACCCGCGCAUGCUCACGGUCCCCAAGAUGACGGUCUGCGCGCUCCGCUUCACCGAGACGGCGCGCGCGCGCAUCGUCAAGGCCGGCGGCGAGUGCCUCACCUUCGACCAGCUGGCGCUCCGCGCGCCCAAGGGCUCCAACACGGUGCUCCUCCGCGGCCCCAAGAAGGCGCGCGAGGUCUACUCGCACUUUGGCCACCGCUCGACGACGACGUCCGUCAAGACGCACUGCGGCGUCAAGCCCUACGUCCGCGCCAAGGGCCGCAAGUUCGAGAAGGCCCGCGGCCGCCGCCACUCCCGCGGCUUCAAGGUCUAGGCGGGGCCGCGCCACCGCGGGUCGCUCCGCGGACCCGGCGGCGCGGCCGCCGCGCGCCGCCGGGGUCACGACCGCCUCUAAAAACCACCACUUCC